AUGCUUCUGUCAGGCUAUCACACUGUACCCGCGCGGCGCAUGUACUGGAAGCGAGAACGUGACAUCGGCGUGGAACUGGUCGCGUCUGCUAUGAGUCGAGAUCGGUUUGACGAAAUCCUCAGGUUUCUACACUUCGCAGACAAUCAGCGACUGGACAAAUCGGACAAGCUUGCUAAGCUACGUCCCAUCAUGGACCAUCUUGAGGGAAGGUUCAUGGCUGCAUUCCCUGUGGAGCAAGAGCUGUCAUUCGAUGAAAGCAUGAUCGCCUACUUCGGAAGACACGGGUGCAAGCAGUUCAUCCGGGGAAAGCCCAUCAGGUUCGGCUUCAAGGCGUGGUGUUUGAACAGCGCAAAGGGCUAUCUGAUCGCCUUCGAUGUGUAUCAGGGAGCUACGUACCGUGGUAGAGCCGAGUACGAAGAACGUUUCGGCAAGGGAGGCGCCGCCCUGGCAGAUGCGCUUGACAGGCUGCCACUCCACAUCCGCAAGAUACCACUGAAGCUGUAUUUCGACAACUACUUCACUAGCCUUCCUCUCAUCAAGCAUCUCACCCUGUGCGGAUAUGGUGCUACUGGCACGAUCAGAGACAACCGACUGCCGAAGUCAUGUCCAGCAGCUGCAGUGAAGUCGAUGAAGGCGCUGGUCAGAGGAUCAGUCUCGGUCUGUGGAGACACUAGCAAUGGCAUUUCAGUCGUGCGAUGGAAGGACAACUCUGUUGUAACGGUGGCCUCAAACAUGGCGGGCUCUGGACCUCUUCAGACAGUCAAGAGGUGGUCCUCGAAGGAGAAGAAGAUGGUGCAGGUGCCUCAGCCGCAUUGUGUAUCUGAGUACAACAAGAAGAUGGGCGGAACGGACAUCAUGGACCAGAGCAUCAAUGCGUAUCGCACAAACAUCAGGAUCAAGAAGUGGUGGUGGGCCAUAUUUUCAUGGAUGCUGGAUGCAGCAGUGCAGAACACGUGGCUCGUACACCGUACCAAGGAUGAACACGCCAGCCUCCUAGACGUCCGCCGGCAGAUCUCCACGACACUGCUGACACGGUGUCAGCGAGAUGUCAGCGGUGCCGGCACAGAAGGCGCAACAGGGCCGCCAAGAGGCAUCAUAUCUCAGUACAUCAAAUCGGUCAUGUCUGUGUGA